AUGGGCGUAAUCGAAGAGCAGCGCUACCUACACGAGGACCUCGAGCGCCUCGAGCAAGGCAUCGCAGACCGCAUCAGCGAAGAACCAAAACACAUCCGCGACCGCCUGAACCGCGACCACGAAAUCGGCCAGCUCCUCGACCAGAUCCAGUCCCAGUCCGUCAAGCUCCUCGAUAUCUACCGCGACGCCGACGGCCAGCGCGGCCGCGAGAUCCAGACCAUCGGCACAGGCGACCCCUUUGAGGAGUUCUACAGCCAGCUCAAGACGGCGCGCGAGCACCAUGCCAAAUACCCAAACGAACAGGCCGAGAACUCGGAGGUGCGGUACCGCGUCAAGAAGCUCGACGACGGGGAAGUCAUGCCUUACAUUGUCGACCGUCUGUUCACGGGCGAGGAAGGCUUCGGCCGCUUCUUUGACCUGCACACCUCCCACGAGGCCUACCUCAACCUCCCCAACGUCAAGCGCCUGUCGUAUUUGCAGUAUCUCGAGGUCUUUGACAACUUCGCACCAGGCUACGGUGGCCUGAAGCGCGGCGAGAAGCUGACGGAUCAGUACUUCAAGUACGUCGGCGAGCUGGCGUCGUACCUCGAGUCCUUUAUGCGCCGCACGCGGCCGCUCGAGAACCUUGACAAGGUGUUCCUAGAGUUCGACGGCGACUUUGAGGCGGCGUGGGAGAAGGACGAGGUGUCGGGUUGGCAGAAGGAGACGAGCAGUGGCAGUGGUGGUGCGAACGGUACUGCAAAGGAGACCAGCUCAGCAGACGCCAUAUGGUGCGACGACUGCGAAAAAGAGUUCAAGAACGAAAACGUCUACAAAGCACAUAUGACGGGACGCAAGCACAUCAAGGCCGCCGAGGCGAGGAAAGCACGCCGCGAGGAAGAAGGCGAGGAAGAAACUAGCGGCGGCAGCACAAACAAGGUAUCAGCAACGAGGCUGAAGGAACGAGCCGUCGCAGAGCGUGAGUACCGCGUCAAACGCCUCGCGGCAGCAAUGAGCACGGAACGCGGCGACACGCGCGUAAACGUCGAGCGCAGACAAGGCAUGACGGAGCGCGAGCGCCAGCAGGAGCUGGAAAACAUAAUGAACCUGUCGUACUCGGCGCCCGGCAGCGGCAUGGCACACCACAACGGCGGCGGCGCAGACGGCGAAGACGACGACGAAGACGGCGAGGACGGCGAGGAGAAGAUUUACAACCCGCUCAAGCUGCCCCUCGCGUGGGACGGUAAGCCGAUCCCCUUCUGGCUGUACCGUCUGCACGGUCUGGGCGUCGAGUUCCCCUGCGAGAUUUGCGGUAACUUUGUCUACAUGGGUCGGCGGGCGUUCGAUAAGCAUUUCAACGAGGCGAGGCACGUUCACGGGUUGCGGUGUCUCGGUAUUACGAAUACCAGUCUGUUCCGCGAUAUUACGAGCAUCGAGGAGGCGGUGAAUCUGUGGGACAAGAUCCAGCGGGAAGCGAAGAAGACCAAGGUCGAUGAGGGGAGCGUGGUGCAGAUGGAGGAUGCGGAGGGGAAUGUUAUGCCUGAAAAGGUGUACUACGAUUUGCAGAAGCAGGGUCUUUUGUAA